GAGGAGGAAGAUGUUGAUAACUGCACAAUCCCUCCACAUCAGCCACAGCUCUCAGCGCCAUCACUGAAUCCAUCCUCGGCGCUCUUCCUACAAACCAAAGUUUUUUCUCGCUGACACCGUGACAGCGGUGUCACGAUAAGACCCGGGGCGCCAUUCCCGUCCGAACCACUCGUUCGCCUCUACAUGGCACCACUUUUACGCAUGGCAUUCCAGCGCGGACAACAGGACGGACAGGAGCCCUGAGCGUACGCCGCGCGAAGUCAUCUCUGUACAGCUGUUAUUAACACUUAUUCGAGCCGCCUGCAGCCCUCGUGUGCCAAAAGCCAUGUUUUCCAAGGCCACUGCCAACUUCGUCCGUCAGAUUGACAAAGACGGAAGCCUCAUCCACGUGUCUCGGGUAAAUGACUCGUGCAAGCUGGUUCCCAUGGCGCUCGUUGUAAAGCGCAGGCGCCUCUGGUUCUGGCAAAGGCCCAAGUACCAGCCGACAGAUUUCACCCUCGGCAACUUGUUGCUUGGCGACAAGGAGCUCAGUCCUGGAGUGUGUGAUGGCGAAUUUUUGAGCUACAAGGGGACGUUUGGAGACAAACUCUCUGGUAAGCUGGACACCAAGGCUGGCGCCGUCAGUGUGGAACUGGAGGGCCGCGGCACCUCCGAGCUCCAAUCAUGCUUUGGCGAGCUGAGGAAACAGGAACUGGAUGUGAAGAAGCUGUUACGUGACUCCAGCGGCAGGCUGGUGGACAUGCAGCACGUGCUGGUGCAGCAGCUGAAGAAGCGGACGGAGGUGCUGGCGAUCGUGAAGGACCGCAUCCUCACCACCAACUCCGGCAGAGUCACCCAGACGAUUAAGGAGCAGUGCACCUUUCAGGGGGUGCUCGGUCUGGUGGGCAUGCUGGCGAGCUCUGUUAAGGACAGCAACAACAUCGAGGUGGACAGUGAUGUCUCAUUGGAGAUCCCGUCGCAUACCGUCAUCGCAUACAGUGUCCUGGAACUAGAGAUUAAAAAGGAUGGACGCUACAAUGUGUGCCUACAACCCGGCACGAUAGGAGGCUUUGAGGCCGACUCGUCUGCAAUUUCCUGUCCGUCCCCCGAUCCCUCAAAUGAUAUUGUGGAUGGCAAGUUCAAUGGGGAGCAUCAUCCGGAGAAAGUCCCUUUGCGCGCACAGCAAAAUGGAUCGCAGGAGGUGGAACUGUCGCCACUGGCGGAGCUCCCCCAGUUAACCCGCCGUGCCUUGUUCCAGGAGCUCCAAGAGACAAUGAAGGACAGAACUGCUCUGUCAUAUCUGCAGUGUGUGCUGGAGGAGCUGUGCGGCGGUGAAACACUCGACCCGGCUGAGAGAGAGGAGCAGUUUGAGGGUCAGAGGGACUCGGUGUCGGCGGGCCCGGAGUGCAGCCGUCCCGCCAGCGCUGCUCACCUACACGCAGCUCACCUGUUGGUCAGUGCCAUAGAAGAGCUGCCCGAUGAAACACUGAGCGUGCUGAGCGAGAGCCGUGCAGAUUUUCUCGGGGCCUUCGACACACUGGUGUGCAGGUUAAAGGAGAGCGUCGGGCCCCUCCCCGUUCAGCGUCUCCCCGUCCCGCUGCUGGACAACCAAGCCUUCCAACUGGCAGAGCAGCUGCUCGGCUCCACCAGUGUGACGCUGAAGAGAAACAGCGACACCCUGUGGACGGAGACGGGGGAGAAAGCAGAAGUCCUGCCUCUGCUCCUCUGCCUCAGCGUACGUGGAUUGUCCUUGUUGUGCAACGGGCCGGAGUAGUGCACUUCUAUAUUCUGUCCAUUUCUUUCUUUAUUGUUAAGUUUACGAGUCUAUGAGCUCAUGGUUUAUCAAAUAACCUCUUUAUAUCAUUACUAUUACUGUUUUUAUUGAGACUGCUUGGUAUUUGUUAUAGUAUCAUACAGAGAAUAUAUAUUUUUACUACCUAAAGCAAGCACUUCUUGUUCUCUUUAAACAUAUAUAAUAUUUACACAUUUUGUACGUGAACAGGCACUUGAGAAAAAUAUACAUUUAUUUACAAAUUAUUAUUGUUCAGUAGGAAUCCAGUUGUAUUUUUUUCGUGCAUUGGUUUUUAGUUCACAAUAAAAAUGUGCAUGUCUUGCUCAUCAAUAGUUUGAGAAAAUCCAGCAAGCAGCCGCAGGAUCGACUGAAAACGUACAGUGAUUAAGCUUAAAGAAGUUCUGAUUAUUUUUAACUCAACCGUCAUGUCAUAGAUUUCAAACAAAAUAUGAAAUGUGAUGCUUUGCCAACAAUACACGGAAUUGAUGACAUGUUUACGGUAGGAUAAAAGAUGUUUCUCGCCUAUUGUUGCCAGGAUUUUAAAAAUCCAUUUUUAAUGAAGCUGCGUAUUAUUGCUUAACGUUCAUUUAUUUAACAUUCCCUUUAAUAUUGCCAUUGAAUAAUAAAAAAUAUGUAAUAUUUUAAAAUAAAGAAAUUGUUUAUUUAAAUGCAAUUUUGUGUGUUGAUACAUGGACUAUGAUUUUGUGAAGCUGCAGGCCUUUGCAAUGAUCUUGCCACUUCCCCAUUGGUCAGUUAACAUUGUAAUUUAUUGUUGUUCACGGAAAGAAAAGAAAAAAGCUUAAUUUAAUGUUAUAUUGAGCCAGCUUGCUUUUGAUACAUUUUGAAAAUUAUUUUUGUCCUUCUCUGUCUUGCCUCUGUCAAAGUUGAUCACUUUGUUGUGCGUGAAUAGCAAAUAAAGUAUAUUUUAAAAAUG